CCACAACCCCACGGCCGCCACGCCCAAACCGGCAUCGCCGUUCGACACGCACAAAUCCCCGGGGCGGGCGCUGAUGAGAUGCAGCCGAAGCGCCGAGAAGGAACCCUGGUUUCGUCCCGCCUGAAUGAUCGGCAGCGGUCCAACGCGGGCGCACGCAUGCUCGUCGUCUCGUCCAAACCAUCAGGAUCCGGUCAGGGGGCCUGCAUCUGCUCGCCAAAA